AUGACCGUCACCACUGGAGGCCCCUACGUCAACGUCACCCCCAUCGUCAAAAGACCCAAGCCCUCCAAUGGAACGGGGAUCCCCUCUUCAACGCCGCCUGUGUCUCUGCCGCUCAUCUAUUACCUGCUGAACAGGGCCGCAGUUGUGUACGCCCAAAGGACAUCCAAGAGGAGUAAGCUGAAUGUCAGGCAGCUGUUCAGUUUGGCGGAUGAAAAGUGGUUCAAGGGCGCGUGGGAGGGACCGAGUCAUGGGGGGAAUAGGUUGGCCGAGGUGGCAGUUGUGUUGAUUGUUGUUGCCUUUGCACUACCCAUUGUUCGCGCCCCUCUGGUCUCUAUAGAAAUCCAAACCGGCCAGCGCCCUCUCUCCUGGUACAGUCGCUCAAAAGAUGAGUGGGACCAGCGCCUAUCAAGACGCUUGGCCCCAUGGGAGAUCGGAUCUUGGGAGGAUACCACUCAUCGUUCUCUCGAGUCUCGCUAUAAUCUCCUCCAUUCCAAUGUGGUAGGAGUCGACGUCGGCCGCUCUCGCAUCGCCAACAUACCGCGAGACUCCAUCUUGGACCGGAUCCGUGACGUCCUCGUUCACUACCACCCUGCCGAUAACGCGGAGCGGAACUGGCACGAUCCCGAGACGGGACGCCUGUUUGCCUCAACGGUAGCCAGGCACACAACCACAGGCUUGUUCCGCCAGCACGCCAUGCGCCUCAACAGCACAGCCAGGUGCACUCAUAUCGAGGACGACGAGUUCAUGGCCAAGUGUCCACCGUCCGCGCGCAACCAGGACGUUUCGCUCCGGACCUUCAACGGAACUCUCGACAUUUGCACAGGUCAGGAUGUGGAAGGAAACCCUUGGGGCAAUCUGGAACGAGAUGGAUACUUCCAAAUCAAAAACAUCACCGAGGUCGCCUACGUCAAUAUGACACUCAGCAAAUCCUACGACUCCGAUCAGCUCAUCCUUCGAUGCACUGGCGCCACCACCCUCGGCUACUUUGAGCUGGGCAACCACUACAACUCGGGCCAGCACGGUCCUCUCGUCUCGGCACGCAGCGACCGGCCCGCCCUUUGGACUCAAGACGGCUUCAUCCGCGACACCCAGGUCAGCGGGAUAGGCGGCAGCGCCCACCCUGACUACGACUUGACCAUGGUGACUGACCCUGGACUGGCCAUGAACUGGAGCCCCGGUCCUCUCCUCUUGGUCCUUCAUGCUCUCUUUGGAAAUGGCUCCGUCUUCCAUCUCGCCCAGGGCAUCGCCACCCCUAACAACACGUCUUCUCCUCUAGGUGAUCCCCAAACUCUCUCCAACGCCCUCUGCCAAGCCCGCUCCUUCCCCUUUCGCCGCAUCAACGGGAGAAUGGCCAACCCUUGCUCGUACUACAACAGGGAUGGUUCUGACUGGCUUUGGGCUUCGUCCAAGCUCUACGACCUCUUGACGCUCUUUUCCCGGUCUCUUUUCCCCUGGGAAAUGCUCGACGGGGUCACCAAUAUCGAGAUGGCCAUACACCUGGCUUCCCAGACCCUCAUGGAGGCGGCGACAUAUCCAGGUUCCGACGACGAUAAUAGCGACGGCGUGGAUAGGAUCUGGAGCUUGUUGGCCGACGAGACGACAUGGCUUCAGUUUGUGGUUUCGGACAAGGCCAUGAUCGCUUUGAGCGUGUUGAUAGCGCUGCAGGCCGUUGGCAUCUUGGUACUGCUCUGGUACAUCUGCCGUGCGCCGACGUGGACUACGACACUUGACACCAUGGCCAUUGCCCGGAUUACGCAUCAGAUUAAAGACGAUGGGCUGAUCAAGGGGUUGGGCUUGAGGCAGCCGACCAAGGGAGAAUGGGAGUAUUUGGCUGGAGUGGAUGCGUUGGUUGGGUUGAGUAAGGGGGUGUCCGUGGAGCUGUCGACUCCCAUGAACGGUGGAAGAUCGGCCGGUGCUCCUGCUCCUGCUCCGAUUCCCAGUCCGGGUCUGCUAGUCCCCGAACAUCAAGACGGACAUACAUCAACACCAUCGAUCCGGACCUCACCACCAAAUGAACAAUCCACAGUACCUGUGUCACCCGUAUCCCCCGUAUCGGCAACAUUCUUUACCACAGCUCCUUCCCCCGAACCGUCACAGCACCUUCAACCAACCCUCAAUCACUCCACCCCUUCCUCCCGUCGCCACUCCUUCAUAGACGCCGACCUCGACGCCGACCACCUGCACGCAGACGAAGACUCAGACGACAACCUCCCACCGGCAUACACCCCCCGCGGCGCUCCCCCCGUAAUCGGACAAGCCGGUUUUCCCGACUCUCUUCACUCUCAAGGGCACAUGCACUCAGCCGCCACCUCCCGAUUCGGCAUUCUCCCUCAGCACCAAACUUCCUUACUCCCACCCUUGAUCCCACCACCAAAUCCGUUUGAAGAGGUAGAACAGAUCAACAGACGAGCAGAACUCAUGAGAAGAAGGGCAGGAGAACACAGUGAAGAAAUCACGGUCCAAGUAGGUGGUGAAGGACUGAUUGAUCGACGAGCGAGGAAGAGAGCCAAGGUUGGGUUGUUGAAGACGGUGGAGGGCGGGGAUGAAGAAGAGGCGACGAGGAGGACGGAACGAGAGGAGAGGGAUCGUGUGGGGAAUAGGAAUGCAAGUGGAAGGGAUACCAACGUAUAG